UAACACUGGCGCGGAAACGAAGUUGCGGAACCACAGUCUCGAACGUCGCACGUUUCACUCGGUCCACAUACGCCGCCGGAACAGCAUGGAGGCACGAUAUCGCUGUAGAAAUGAAUGGGUGCAAAGAGUGUUUGUGUUGACGUUGUUUUAAACGCAGCAUCGUGAUGUUUUAAGUACAUUACCACACGUAAAAGCCCCACGGACUCAGCAAUGGAGUGUGACAUUUUGGACGCGUUGGAGCAGCUGGGCUAUGAUGGCCCUCUGCUGGAGGAGGAGGCGCUGCUCAGGGCUGCAGAGGGAGGCCUGGCUUCGCAGGACUAUGUGGACCUGUGCAGGUGGCUGGUAUCCAGGUUAAAGCCGCUGUGUGACCUGGAGGAGAGCAUUACAUCCAGUCCAGACGACAUGGAUAGCCUCCAAGUUGAGAUGAGUGGGUUGUUGAAGGAGUUGCACUGUCCUUAUGAAGAAGUCAUUUCAGGGAUUCUCAAGGGCGGAGUGCGAAACACAAAAGAUCAUCUCAAGUUUGUCUUGUUUCUCAGCUCUGAGCUUCAGGCAGCUCAGAUUGUGAGGAGUAGACAAAUAUCUGAUAAACGGGAAGACGAGAAUCCGGUGUAUCAGGAGCUUCUAGCAAUCUCUGAAACACUGGAGCUGCCAGAGCCCAAAGGACCAGACGCAGCAGGAAUCUUCUCCCAAAUUCAAAACAAGGUUGAUAAAGCACUCAAAGAUCUCCCCAGUGCCUCCAUUGGAAGCCCGGUGCUGAAGAAUUCUCUCAGCAGUGAACAGUGGGAGAAGCUGCACAGCAUCAACACAGUCCUGUCCUCGGAGUACGAGUGUCGGCGCAGGAUGCUGAUCAAACGGCUGGACGUCACAGUUCAGUCAUUCGGGUGGUCAGACAGAGCCAAGGUAAAGGUGGACAGCAUGGCGAGGGCCUACCAGCCUAAGAGACACUCUCUGAGGCCACAGUCCACAGUGGACAUGGCCAAGCUGCUGGCAGCCAGAGAAGACAUCUGCAAUGUGGUGAAGACCAGCAGCGGCUCCAGCAGAGAGAAAACUGCUUGUGCUGUCAACAAGAUCCGGAUGGGGAGAGUGCCGGACCGAGGAGGACGUCCCUCGGAGAUAGAAGCCCCGCCUCCUGAGAUGCCACCGUGGCAGAAAAGACAGGACGGUGGAGGUGGCGGUGGUUGGGGAGGCCGCGGUGGAAGAGGAGGUGGAGGAAAGGGAGGAGGCUGGGGACACGGAGGGGGAGGGGGUGGUGGAGGUGGUUGGAGAGGAGGCGGAUGGAGCCAAGGAGGACAUGGUGGAUAUGGAGGAUAUGGAGGACACGGGGGGAAGAGAGGACGGUACCAGUAAUAAUUUCUACCGAUUUUGUCUCGUGUUUUAUAAAGUGAUCGAUUCCCAAUGAACUGAAUUCUGUUUUCUGUGUUUUGUAUGGAAAAAGAACUCACUUAAAAAAAAACUGAUGGCAGCUUUCAGUGACAAAUCUUCCUUAUUUGGAUGAUUUUGAAUGCUCCUAUUUUUUACUUUUAAUAGCGUUUCAUUUUGCUUUAAUAUUCCCAUCACUUUUUCUUCUGUGUGAAAAUACCAGCCAUUACAUCAUUACAAGUACUUUUUUGUUUAAUAGGAGACUGAAAGAAACAAAUUAUUUAACAUGUGCAUUGGGCCAUAUACUACAGUUUACAUAAGACUAUUUAUUCCCUUUGUACUGACUUCCAGAAAAACAGGACACUGUAAAGAUUAGUAUAUAAUGUGUACAAUUACUAUGUAAUGUGGAAUUCGGACACAGCGUGCAUUUUCAACCCGCUGCAGGUAUUAUAUGGACAUUACCGAUGUGAUCUGACUCUUGAACACUGAAGAGAGGGACAAAGACCCUACAGACGCUUUCUUAACAUAACAUACGAGUUCUUUACCAUAAACCUUUUGGUUUUCAAACAUUUGUUAGAGGGAAGUAGGGACCAAAUGAAGGAUGUUGAAGGAAUGUCUGCGGAACAUAAAGGCAACUGUAGACUACAGAUCUUUCCCUGGCCAAAAAAAAAAAAAAA